AUGGAAGUUCUCCGUUUUGUCCCUGCGCAAGUACCUCUCCUCCGCUCCAAAUUUACUAGCAAUGACACUGUCAAAACAUCCUCCGCCGCCGUUAGAGUAAAACCGAUAAUUAAUGGCGCAGUGGCGAAACAGGCGGCGGAAAUAUUACCGGCCGUCGAAAUGGAUACAUUAAGAGUUCCUUCAGCGGUGCCACUGUUGAGAAUGUCUCCGGGCUCUCUGCAGUGCGAGACCGGUUAUUUGAUACCGAAUAUUCCAGAUAAUGGUGGGGUUAGUAACGGUUCUUUGAAUGCCAUGGAGUACUUGACGAAUAUUUUGGCCUCGAAGGUGUAUGACGUGGCGUACGAGUCGCCAUUGCAGCUGGCAACCAAGCUAUCGGAAAGGCUGGGGGUUAACGUCUGGCUCAAAAGAGAGGAUCUUCAGCCUGUUUUCUCGUUCAAGCUUCGAGGGGCUUAUAAUAUGAUGGCAAAACUUUCAAAGGAACAGCUGGAAAGAGGAGUUAUAUGUUCAUCAGCCGGAAAUCAUGCACAAGGAGUUGCACUAUCUGCUCAGAGAUUGGGCUGCAAUGCUGUGAUUGCUAUGCCUGUCACCACACCUGAAAUCAAGUGGAGAUCUGUUGAGAGAUUGGGAGCAACAGUUGUUCUUGUGGGUGACUCAUACGAUGAAGCACAAGCAUAUGCCAAAAAGCGGGCCGAGGAGGAGAACCGUAUAUUCAUUCCUCCUUUUGAUCACCCAGAUGUUAUCAUAGGGCAGGGAACAGUUGGAAUGGAGAUUAUCCGACAAAUGAAAGGCCCAAUACAUGCGAUUUUUGUGCCUGUUGGGGGUGGUGGGCUUAUAGCUGGUAUUGCUGCGUAUGUAAAAAGGGUCUCCCCUGAAGUGAAGAUUAUUGGAGUGGAGCCAUUUGAUGCUAAUGCAAUGGCACUAUCCUUGCACCAUGGUAGGAGAGUUAUGUUGGACCUAGUGGGCGGUUUUGCCGAUGGUGUAGCAGUUAAAGAGGUUGGUGAAGAGACUUUCCACCUGUGCAGAGAACUGAUAGAUGGGGUGGUUCUUGUUAGCCGUGAUGCUAUUUGUGCAUCGAUUAAGGACAUGUUUGAGGAGAAAAGGAGCAUUUUGGAACCAGCAGGCGCUCUUGCCCUUGCUGGAGCUGAAGCAUAUUGCAAGUACUAUGGCCUCUACGAUGAAAAUGUCGUAGCAGUAACCAGUGGAGCUAAUAUGAACUUUGACAGAUUGAGAUUGGUAACUGAGCUUGCCGAUGUUGGGAGACAGCGGGAAGCUGUACUUGCAACUUACAUGCCGGAGGAACCUGGAAGCUUUAAGAGAUUUUGUGAGCUUGUGGGACCUAUGAAUAUUAUGGAAUUCAAAUACAGAUAUAAUUCUGACAAGGAAGAGGCUCUAGUCCUGUACAGUGUUGGCCUACACACAAAACUAGAACUUGAAACGAUGGUGGAAAGGAUGAAAUCAGCUCAGCUACAUACUGUUAAUCUGACAGAUAAUGACUUGGUGAAAGAUCACUUGCGACAUUUGAUGGGAGGCCGAUCAAAUGUUAAGAAUGAGCUUCUUUGUCGAUUUGUUUUCCCCGAGAGACAAGGAGCUUUGAUGAAAUUCUUGGAUGCUCUAAGUCCACGUUGGAAUAUAAGCUUAUUCCACUACAGGGGACAGGGAGAAACUGGUGCAAAUGUGUUGGUAGGUAUUCAAGUGGCUCACUCUGAGAGGGAUGAGUUCCGUUCUCGUGCAAACAGUCUUGGAUACGAGUAUGAAAUAGAAAGCACCAAUGAAGCAUUCCAGCUUUUAAUGCGAUGA